UGAGUGAGUUGGAGUGAGAGAUGAGAAAGCAUAAUAAAUAAGCCUGAAACAAAGUAUCCACACUUUAAACUCAAACCAACCAAACCCCUUCUCUUUCUUUCUCUUUCUCUGCAACACUUUCGGAGGGAAACACUAUAAAAAAAGCACCUUGGUUUUUACCGAAACAACACAACAAGAGUCAACAGUCAACACACUACUCAUCCAAGCUGCCACACACAAAAGAAAAUGUUCGCUGAAGAGAAUGGCCUCAAGGGUGACCCAAGGCUUCAAGCCAUUUCUCAAGCCAUCAGAGUCGUUCCUCACUUCCCCAAGCAAGGAAUAAUGUUUCAGGACAUAACGACAUUGUUGUUGGAUCACAAGGCGUUUAAGGACACGGUCGACAUUUUUGUCGAUCGUUACAGAGACAUGCACAUUUCCGUUGUUGCCGGAGUGGAAGCUAGGGGAUUCUUGUUUGGUCCCUCAAUUGCAUUGGGGAUUGGUGCAAAAUUUGUUCCUUUACGCAAACCAAGGAAGCUGCCAGGCGAAGUAAUAUCAGAAAAGUAUUCUCUAGAAUACGGAACUGAUUGUUUGGAGUUACAUGUUGGUGCUGUCCAGCCGGGUGAACGAGCCAUAGUUAUCGAUGACUUGGUGGCCACAGGUGGAACUCUCUCGGCAGCAAUAAGACUUCUAGAACGUUCUGGUGCUGAAGUAGUGGAAUGUGCUUGUGUGAUCGGUGUGCCGGAUGUUAAGGGACACUGUAGGCUUAUUGGAAAACCACUCUACGUCCUCGUUGAGCCACGUGAAGUAGAUAAAUGUUCCAGAGGUAGUACAUGCGUAAAUACCAAGUCAUUCGAUUGCGUGUCACAUCAAGGUUGGGGUGGAUAAGAAGGUAAAAGUAGUCAAGAAAACAAUGGCUAAUAUGUGAAGUUGAUUCUUCCUUUGGCUGAGUAAUCAGAGGCCAUAAUGUGAUCACUGAUCAUUAUGCUCUUCCCCCUCAAAUGAUCAUCCUGAAAAUCUCUCUCUCUCUCUCUCUGUACAUGUUAGGCAAUUAUGUAUGGCUAACAGUUUGGAUCAAGCAUUAAUGAAGCAAUGUAAUUUUCUGGCAUCAAGUUGUCAAUUGAAAGCCUCAUCUUCCUCCCCUAGUUUAUCGAUCA